UACCCAGCAUGCAUUUUAUGUAAACUUUGCGAAGUUUUGUGUGCGAUGGCGGUGGAUAUGUUCCUCAGGGGGUCUGGAUUUUUAAGGAAUAUUCCUCUGUUCUCACAUUUUUGCCUUAACAUGAAAUUAUUAACUAUUUUAGUGUGUAUUUGUCAUGUACUCCACAGUACUUUAGGUAUAGAUAAUUCGUGUUAUGACUCCAACGGCAGGGCACAAAAAUGUGUUCCAGAAUUCGUGAACGCUGCUUUCAAUCUUACCGCUGAUGCUACGAAUACUUGUGGAUUAACUGGGCCGCAGGAGUUCUGUCUACAGACUGGUGUUACAGGUGCACGCAAGUCGUGUGGCCACAUCUGCGAUGCUGGUAACCCAUCGCAGAAGCACCCCCCUGAUUUCAUGACGGAUUUUAAUACCCAGAAUUACUGGACCUGGUGGCAGAGUGAGACAAUGUUGGAACGAAGAUCAGACUGGCUUAGUUCCAGACAACAGCAUGUCAACAUCACCCUUAGUCUCGGGAAGAGCUUUGACGUGACAUACAUUCGUAUACGCUACCACUCGCCCAAACCGGAAAGCUUUGCCAUCUACAAGCGUACGACAGAGGACAGUGAGUGGGAGCCGUACCAGUUCUACAGCGCCUCCUGCGGGCGAACCUACGGCCUCCCGUACCGGGGCAUCAUCACCAUAGACAAACCGGACGUGGCCACUUGCACAGAUGAGUACAGUGACAUUUCCCCACUCACCGGAGGGGAGGUGCCCUUCUCUACACUCGAGGGGCGACCUGGAUCGGAGAAAUUUGAGAAUAGCGCAGUGCUUCAGGAAUGGGUCACGGCUACGGACAUUCGUAUCAUGCUGACCCGCAUGAACACAUUCGGUGAUGAGAUCUUUGGUGACCCCCGGGUACUGCGCUCCUACUUCUACGCCAUCGAUGACCUGGCAGUCGGAGCUAGGUGCAAGUGUAAUGGACACGCCAACAAGUGCGAGAUCGGGCCAAACCGUGAACUUGUGUGCGAAUGUCAGCACAACACCACAGGGCCAGACUGCAACAUCUGUAAACCAUUCUACAACGACAGACCUUGGGCCAGGGCCACAGAAAAUGAUGCAAUGGAGUGUCUACCCUGCGACUGUAACGGCAUGAGUAAUGAGUGCUACUUUGACGCGGAGCUGUACCGCAACACAGGUCACGGGGGUCACUGCACAAACUGCCGAGACAACCGAGGGGGUGUGAACUGUGAGCAGUGUCUGCCCAAUCACUACAUCAAAGCUGAUACCAAUCGGUGUACAGCCUGUAACUGCGAUCCUACUGGUUCGGAGAAUCUUCAGUGUGAUGACUCGGGCCAGUGUCAAUGCAAGCCCGGUGUCACUGGCAAGAUGUGUGACCGAUGCCAGGAAAACUAUUAUGACUUUAGCAUAUAUGGAUGCAGACCGUGUGGUUGUGUAGCAGAUGGUAGUCGUGACAACAAGCCUCAGUGCAACUCUCAGACAGGGGCGUGUGUGUGCAAGGACUUCGUAGAGGGACAGAACUGUGACAGGUGCAAGCCAGGUUACUUUGGUCUGGAUGGUGCCAACCCGUACGGCUGCGUGUCAUGUUUCUGCUACGGGCACUCUUCCAUCUGCACGGUUGCCACUGGAUACUCACCGCGGUCCAUCAUCACUGACUUUGAAACAGGCAAGCAGGGCUGGACAGGCCUAGACAGGGGCAACAACCCCAUUGAGACGCAGUACAACGGCAUCCUUCAGAACCUGGGUAUCUCAGCUCCCAAUAACAACCCCAUGGUGUACUUCUCUGCACCAGCGCGCUACUUGGGUGAUCAGCGUUUUAGCUACAACCAGUUCCUCUCAUUCAAACUGCGUAUUGGGGAGGAGCAGGCAGCCCCUUCCAUCAUUGACGUGAUAAUAGAGGGUUCCGGCCAGCAGAUCUCCAUACCAUUCUACUACCAGAAGAACCCCACCCCUGGUCUGCAGGUGGAGACCUUCAGGUUCCAGUUGAACGAGCUUCCCGAAUAUCAGUGGCAUCCCAGACUCACUGCUGAGACCUUCAUCUCCAUACUGGCUAACAUCACAGCUAUUAAAAUACGUGGAACAUACAAUAACGAAGGUGUUGGAUUCAUCGAUGACAUUCAGCUGGACACUGCCCGGCGCGGUUUCAAUGGAGAAGCAGAAGCAAAGUGGGUGGAGAGUUGCACAUGUCCAGAGGGAUACAUCGGUCAGUUCUGUGAGUCCUGUGCCCCGGGAUACAAGCGUGAUCCUGCUUUUGGCGGCCCCUUUGCCAGCUGCGUGCCGUGUGAAUGCAAUGGUCACAGUGAACAGUGUGACCCCAGAUCGGGUCGCUGUAUCUGCAACCACAACACAGAGGGGGACCAGUGCCAGCUCUGUGCCGAGGGUUACUAUGGUGACGCCAGGAAAGGGAUGCCAGACGACUGCAAGCCCUGUCCGUGCCCAGGACAGGGCCCAUGUGUACAGCUGUCUGGUGGGGAGGUUGUGUGUACAGACUGCCAGGAGGGAUAUGGAGGCAAUCUAUGUGACAUUUGUCUGGACGGAUAUUUCGGGGACCCGAAGGGCUGGUUUGGAACAGAGCGACCUUGCAUGGAGUGUGACUGCAACACCAACAUCGACCCCAACGCCAUCGGUAACUGUAACAGGACCACUGGAGAAUGCAGGAAGUGUAUCUACAACACCGCAGGCUUCUCCUGUGACAAGUGCCUGCCCAACUACUUUGGAGACCCUCUCGCAGACGAGAAAGGAAAUUGUAAAGCGUGUAACUGCUACCCCCCUGGCACGGAGAGUGUGGGCGUGUUGUCCUGCAACCCACAGACAGGAGACUGUCCCUGCCUGCCCAAUGUGAAGGGACGCCAGUGUAACCAAUGUGAGGUCGGAUACUGGAACCUGGAGAGCGGCCAAGGUUGUGAGGCGUGUAUGUGUGAUCCUAUCGGUUCCCUAAAUACCACCUGUCACCUGGGUACCGGUCAGUGCCAGUGUAAACCAGGGGUCACUGGAAGAAAGUGUGACCAGUGUGACCGCUUCUUCUUUGGAUUUUCAACUGUAGGCUGUACAGCAUGUAACUGUGAUCCCGAGGGCUCCCUGGACAUGCAGUGUGAUGAGAAUGGCUACUGCUCCUGUGUGGAAGGAGUGGAGGGCCGACACUGUGACCGGUGUAUGGAGAACAAGUAUAACAUCACUGCAGGCUGUAUAGAUUGUCCCCCCUGCUACAGUCUUGUGCAAGAACGUGUCAACGUUCAUCGUGGCAAACUCCGAGAGCUCAGCAACCUCAUUGUCAACAUCGGCAACGACCCGACAGCCUUUAACGACACCAAGUUCUUGGAGCAGCUAAAGGUCGUGAACGACUCUGUCAAUGUCCUAUUGAAGGAUGCACAGGGUGCAGGAAGUGACAAUGGCACGAUAGGUCAGCAGCUGGAGAAGCUAAAAGAGAACAUCCUGGAGGUGUUGAACCGGUGUGGAGAGGUGACCCGGAACAUCCUGACAGCAGGGCAGACGGCAGAGGAGAGCCUGGGAGACAUCAGUAGUGCUGAGGAGGCUAUUAGCAGGGCGGAGAUGUCCCUGAAGGCUGCAGAAAACUACAUUGACACCGAGGGUCAGGCUGCACUACAGAGAGCCAGGGAGGCACUGGAGAAGUUUGGUCAGCAGUCCAGGCAGAUGACAGAAAUAGCCACCGAGUCCAAACAGCUCUCCAUGAGCCAACUUGAGGAAGCCAGGCGUAUAGAAAUGCUGGGUAAGAAGGCCCUGGAGACAUCCAAUGAGGCCUUGCGUCUCGCCAGGGAGACCAUGCAGAUGCCUCAGGACAUCAAGAGGGACAUAGAGGACUUGAAAAAGAGAGCUGAGGAUGCCAGCAAGCUGUAUGACCGUACCAAGUUCUUUGCCAACAAGGCCCUGAACAUGUCCACGGAGGCGUACAAUGAGGCCCUGGACCUGUACAGCCAGGCUGUGUCCCUGCAGGUGCCCUCUGUGAACACACAGCAGCUGGUACUGGAGGCUGACAUCAUCAAGAAGGAGGCUGCCCGUAUCAAGAAAGCUGCUUCCGAUCUAAUGGCUGAGAACCAGAACCUGUUCGAAGAGGCUGCCACUCAACGAGAGGAGGUGCAGAAGCUUCUGGACAGUGGAAUUACACACCAACAGCGUGCCGAUCUGUUGCUUUCCGAGGUUGAUGCUGCUCGGGCCAAGGCUCUGAAAGCUGUGGAAACAGGGGAGGAGACUCUACGCGAGGCCAACGAAACUCUCCAGACUCUGCUAGGUUUCAACCAGGUUGUUCAGGACAGUCGAGGUAAGGCAGAGGAUGCCCUUGAGAAGGUUCCAGAGAUUGAGGCAAACAUCAGGGAGGCCGAGGCUAGAACCCAGGAGGCCAGGGAUGCGCUCAGUGGGGCAGGAAGUGACGCGGCAGAGGCCCUACGUAUCGCCCAGGAGGCUGAGAAAAUGGCUCAAGGGGCCUCUGAUGAGGCGAGUCGUAUCCGUCAAGAUGCAGGCCAAACCAAGCAGAAGGCUGAGAAGCUGCUGGAUGAUGCAGACCAGCUGGACAAGGAUGUGUCAGACUCCAAGGAGCAGGUGGACAACCUCAAACUGAAGGCUGAUACCGACAGGGACCAGACAGAUAAUGCCUUACAGAAGGCAGGUGCAGCCAAGCAGUCUGCUAAGGAAGCUGCAGACAGAGUGGCAGACGCUUUAGCCAAGGUGGAAAACAUCAGCCAGAUACUUUCUACGUUGCGUGACCUUGACACUGCAGAACUAGAUCGCCUGGAGACAGAGCUGGCCGCUGCCGAGGCAGUGCUCCAGAAUGCAGACUUGGAGGCACAGUUUGCCAAACUCACCACAGCCAAUAACCAGUUGAAGGUGUGGGUGCAGGAGUACAGCCAGGACCUGUCCGGGCUGGAGAAGGACGUUCAGAAUGUCAAGGACAUCAUGGACUCACUUCCCACCGGCUGCUUCAAGAACAUCGACAUAGAGACACCCACUGCACAGUAACCAUGGUUAUGGAACACCAUCAACUAUAAUUAUGGUGUUAUGACCACCAUGACCUUGGGGUUGGCGCCAACUUGACCUCAGAGAACAACGAACUACCCAAAUCUUAAACUCUGUAUAAGUGUCCCUCUAAAGGCAUUUGUUUCAUCAAAAUUUAAUAUCCUAAAAAAAAACAGAAAUGUGUUUGUUGACAAAGCUACUCUUGUCAUGAAUGUAAAACUGUUAGUGUAACAAUAUGAUAUGUCUGCCUGACUGUAUGGCUUUCGGUUGUCAUUGUUGUUAUUAAAUAUAAGGAUUUAAACAAGUAGAAAGUUCAAAAGUAUUUGUCUUGUUUUCCUUCUAGAAACUGUUGUAUUUCUGAACAUGACUGACCUAAGCAACUUAUUAUGAUGAUGAAGUCCUUUUAUUGGAAUAAUAUGAUUACAAGAUUAGAUCUGUACAAACAGUGAUUUUGAUGUUUGCAAACAUUUUGCAUGCAUAGUUUGCUCUUUGUGACUGUAUUCUUUAUGUUUGGAAAUGUUUGCCUUACAAGAUUUCAUGUGUCAUGGUAACUAACCAGUAUGUUGUUCAUUAGGAUAUUACUGCAUUUCAUGUUAAAAUGAUGAGUAGAAAAUAUUUGUUCAAGAAUUAAUUUCAUAAUUAUGUACCUAUUUGAUUAUGAUUAGAAAAGAAGUCAGCAUUUCAUAUUUUUGACAGUUAUGAAUGACACUUUGCUUGGAACAUAUUAUUAUGUAAGAGUAUGCAUUAAGAUAUGUUUCCUGUCAAAAUACUGACGACUCCAAAAUAGUAGAUAAAAUUGAUCUUUUAUUACUUUAACAUAAUCUAUGGCUUGUGCUCUUCAUUUAAUGUCUUUGCUUUAAACCAAAGCCAUCAUGCAAGAGCUUUACUGUUUGCUUUAUGGGCUAUAUAUUUAUCUUAAUCUGCUUUUGGCUUCAGUUUAAGAUGUUUUUGUAGCAUUUUAUUGUUAAUAUUUACCCACCUUAUCAUGGCUGGCCACACAAAUAUUGUUUGUGUUACUCUGCAUGUUUACAUUCAUUCUAAUGCUUAUGUUUUGUGAAGCUUAGCUUGCUAAUUCUGGAUUUUUAAAUGAUUUAAGGGUAUCAUUAAAGUGGAUAAUUUAACUAGAAUAAUAAAGACAAUCCAUCUCGUUAUGCAUUCUACCUAGCAUUACCAAGCACUUGGUUUAUCAUUUUUGUGUGCAGCACGUUUACUACCAUCAGCACAAAAAACUAGGUAUAUCCAUAGUUCAAAACCCAUAAACAAGUGCCCAUCUACUGUUCAAAUCAGUGACUGAUUAUUACUGUACCACUGUUGAUUAAAAAGCAGUGCUUACUCUCCUUUUCUCCAAUGAGCCCAUGGCCACAAAUAAUCACUUUUAGGUUAAGAAAAUACUAUUUGUCUACACUAUUUUCUGAGCAGUGGGAAGCUCUGAUAAAGGUCAUAUGGCAUGAGCGAAAUGGGUCACAGUUUAUAAGAAGGUAGCAUGUAAAUUUAUGUGUAAUAUUAAGGUUUAAUUAGCAAACGAUUUCAUUUAAUGUGUACAAUGGUUCUGUCUUUGUUCAAACCUUGCAAUCGUUUCUUAAAGCCACAGGGUGUACAAGUGUAUGUAGCACAGAAGUUUAUACAACAAGUUAAUAGUCCUUAAGCAUCUUAACUUUGUCUUUAAUACGUUUUAUUUUAAUGUUUUGCUAUAAUUCCUGAAUAGUUUUCUUUAUUUGCAACUACAGAAUAGGUGACACCAUUUUGGUGUUAACACUUUUAUUUCAAUAAAGACAAUUUGUUAUUCUGGAUUAUAUGGAUUUCUAAAAGUUUUACAUGAAAAUCAAAGAAUAUGGUAUAAGAAUAACCAUUAAUAUGUCAUCACAUCUUGUUUUGUCUAUAAGAUAUGGGCAUACUUACGUAUUUAAUCUUUUGAUAUUAAAUUGUAGGACUACUUGCAUUGUACAGACCUUCGAUGUGUCAGGAUAGUUUAGUGCCAAAAUAUGUUUCAGUUGUCGUCCUUUUGUAACAAAUUGUUGUGGCAUGUUUCUUAUCUCUUGUGUUGAGUUUAUAUCAAUAUUUAUGUUACUCGACCAUUCUGUGUUUAGAUUGUAUUGCAGUUUAGCAAAAUUUUAGAUAAUGCUGUAAGUUUGUAGAACAUAAGCUUGUUCAUGUAUAUAAAAUAUAUAUGUAUAUUUCAUAUGUAUUACAUUUUUAUGAAGCAAUUAUUUCAGCUGAAAGAUUUUUUUGCAAACAUCUUGUGAUUUUUUUUUAAUUUUCUUCUGCAUGUUUAUGUUAUUUUCUAUCCUUUCUAUGUUGCUUGUUUAGUUUGAACACAUUUUUAAAAGGAUUAUAUUGCAAGUCCAGCCUUUGUUUUAUAUUAUUAUAUUAUCAAAAAAGUUCUCCAGAUGUCUUCUGCAUGUAGUCGUUUUGAUGUUAACAUAUUCAAGGCCAGUAAAAUGUAUGUACUUUGUUUUUUUACCUUGGUUCAAUUUAAUGAUCAGUUUGAGAAUUUUGCAUCUUUAAGAUCUAAUCAGCAUAAUGUUAGACGCCAGGUUGUAAUUGACACAAUGUUUAACAGAUCAUGUAUAAUUUGUUAUGCAAAUUCGUCCAUUUUCUAAGAUUUUACUAUAAAAUGUGCUCAUCGGUAUAUACAUUCUAUACCUGUUAAUUAUCAUGUAGCAUAAUUCAAAUUUAAUUGGAAUUCCUCAUAUGCAUAAUAAUCAUUAAUCAAUAUUAAAGGUGCUUGUUCACAUAUGUUUAUAUAUUUUGCUAGUUUGUGUAAAAAAGUUAAAAGUGAACAACUGUUUGGAAUAUUAUGAAAUUGUCAAUCUUUGAACCUUGCCCUUAUUAAGUUAUAACAAUCUGUAACUGAAUCUCCACAUGACAGUUGCGUUGUGAUUUAUUGUCCCCUACCGGUGAAACCGUAGGUGACUUAUGGUUUGCUCUCUGUCUGUCUGUCCGUCACACUUUUCUGGAUCCUGCGAUAACUUUAAAAGUUCUUCAUAUUUUUUCAUAAAACUUGAAACAUGGAUGGAUGGCAAUAUGGAGAGUAUGCCCGUCAUUUUAUUUUGUUCCUACGUCAAGAAUUCUGGUUGCUAUGGCAACAAAUAAAAAAAUGUAAUUUUUUUUUACUGACAAUGGUGGAGUUUUAACGGUAGGGGACCAUAUUGCUUGGCAAUCUCUUGUUUCGCAAUACUAUUUAAGAAUAAGAACCGCAAGAACAAACUAAACUGUUUUUGUUUAAAGUGUUGUAUAUUCAAGUUCACUGUUUGCCAUACUUGGAAGUAUUUUUCUGAAAUAAAAUGCCUCAAGGAUAAUUAUUGUGCCAACAUUUUUUUUCAUCAAAAACAUAUUUUCCCUUAAUAAGCCUGAACAUAUAGAAUUGAAGGUUGUUUGUCUUUGCUCAUAAUACUGGUUGUGAGGUGAAAUUUUACUUGAUUGGCUAAAAAAGGGCAAAAUUGUUGGACCCGACACAACUUUAUUCGUGGGAAAUAUUUAUUUGUAUGGAAAUAUUUAUCUCCAUUUCAAGCAUCCUUUAAUUGAUUUUAAUAUCCCAAUUUUAUAUGAAGGUACUCAGAAAUGAGGAUAAUUCAGUUAUUUGGCUAGCAUUGUUAACGUAACCUUUGUUUAGGUACAUAUCAACAGUUAUAACAGAGAACGAGUCAUUAUCAAGUUUCUACAACAUAUGAAUUUUACGAACCCUUUAGUUUUUGUGUCGACGUCGAUUUCUACCAUGUGAGAGCUUCAGGUCCUAUGCAUAGUAUAGGGUUGUAUGCAUCGUUUACUCAUAUAUAUCUUUACCUGAUUUCUGUUGAUUUUAUUCAAAUGUAGCUUUUUGAUGUUGCAAAUUUAUAAACUUGUACAACUAUUGAAUUUAUACUGUAUGUACAUGUAGUUGUAUUCAACAUAAAAUAUCAGUUCAGUUCAUUUCAAUUUUGUAUUGCUUUGUAUUUCCUUUUCCUUUUUGUACUGAUUGUUUAUAAAUAUAACUGAUCUGUUAACAUGAUCACAGUUUCUUCGAUCAUACAUUAUUAUAACAACAAUGGUUAUAUUCCUGUACCUCAAGGGUUUGUAACAUAAGCCUGCUUUGAUACAGCGGGGCUGAAUGCGUGUGCGUUAGGUGUUGUCCCAGAUUUUGCUGUGUUGUCUGCAAAGGCUUAUUUAUAAUUAGGAAUGUCACUGUUUGCCUUCAUGGAAUUUUCGUUUAAAAUAAGUCUUUUAUAAGCACCAUCACUGAUAAGCCUUGGCUGGCUGCACAGGCUUAACUGGGGCGACACUACUAACAUGAUUAAAUCCCAUUUUCAUAGAGCGCGGUUCAAAUGCAUUCAAACGCCUCACCAGCUAUUCUUCAACCACCAGUUUCCGUAGUACUCUCUUAACUGACCCAUCACAUGCUUUACUUUGCUGUUCGAUGUAAAAAAAAUCACACUUCGGAAUUUGAUAUUGAAAAUAUUUGAGUACUGUGAUCAAUAGACAUUUCACUAUAAUAACAUAUAAUUUCAUAUACCGGCAUAAGAAGAAAAAAUUAGUUCCCAGCAAAGAACUACCGUUUUCAUAGUAUGCUCUUUACAAGUUAGGUCUGACAAUACCGAUUCCGUUUUUGUCCGUAGAAAGCAUUGUCACGUCUCAUGUAUGAGAAAUAAAACACGUGUUCAGCAGA